UGCGGUCAGACAGACAGGCAGACUCCGUCAGACAGACAGACAGACAUCACGGACACAUCUGACAGUGCAGACCAUCUCCGUGAUUUACACGACCGCCUCGUUUCUUUUCUUCGGUGUUUUUCGGUAAAUUAACGGUGAAUCGCCGGUAUGAACACGGAGGAGACGCAGGUGGAGCUGCAGGAUGCGGGGAGCAGAGAUGCGGAGCGCAGAGAUGCGGAGCUGAAGGAUGCGGAGGAGUCCCCCGCUCAGCCCCCCGCUCAGGAUGCUGACGCCACGGAGGCCGAUGUGAGCGAGGCGGACCUGGACCAGGAGGAGCAGGAGAAGCAGCCGAUGACCGGAGCAGGAGAACGGGGAGAAGAGGCUCUGUCUGCCGGAGGGGAGGGGGAGGCGGCGGCGGAGAAAAACGGCGCCGUGAAGCUUAAGAUCCCUGAAGAGGAGGAGGAGGAGGAGGAGGACCGGAAGGUGAAAUUCACCGGGCUGAACAAGGAGGAGCUGCUGAGGGUGGCAGGGACCCCGGGGUGGGUGCGGACCCGCUGGGCGCUGCUCGUGGUGUUCUGGCUCGGUUGGUUGGGGAUGCUGGGCGGAGCUGUCCUCAUCAUCCUGCAGGCUCCUCGCUGCAGAGAGCUGCCCGCCACCAACUGGUGA